AUGGUCCUUAGCUCUCGUUUGGUGUGUUGCUGUCCCUGUGCCCUUUGUUGUCUGGAGCAGAUCAUAUCGCAGUCCACUAGGGGGGCGUUGGAGGUGGAGAGGUCAUUUCGCACUUUAAUCCACCAGGAGGGAGCAGGAAAGGAGCGAGGGGUAGUGUGUGACGCGGUGGCAAUGGAAGGGCAGUCAAACGUGCAGGAGGUGGUGAGGCGGAUGGUGGAGAGAAACCUUGAUGCGAUAUGUUUCCAGCUUGAAGUGGACAUUGGCAGAGCACGGAUAAUGAAAUUGGAGGAGCUGAUGAAAGUGGGUACUAGUGAGGAGGAGAAAAUGGGGUCAUUGGAGAGGCUGAAGAACGUUCUGAGGGAAGGGCUGCAAGAGGCAAUUGAUAAGAUUGAGAUGCAAAGGGGCCGUUGCGAGGUGCUGCAGAGGGAAAAGGAGGAGCUUCGGGCAAAGCUUGUUCACUUGGAGGAGCAGGCCCAGGUGCAAUGUGGAGUGGCAGAGGCCAAGGUUGGUAUGUUGCUGCAGCAAGUGGCAGCAUCCCAGCAGGCAGAGUUUGCUCGCAAGAUACAAGCGGCGGAGCAGGAGGGACAGAGGGCUGCCCUCGCACGGGAGCUGCAAGUGUGCUGGGCUGACCAGGCAAGAAAUGCUGCUGAAAUUGAGAGAAUUGUUGCUGAGAGGGACGAUUUUGCCAGGGAAACAGCACACUUGCUGCUCGUAGAGCGGGAAGUGAGGCAAAAUCAGGUGGAGGCUUUGGUGGUGGAGAAGGAGAGGGCUGUUGGGCUGGAAGUGGAGCUAGCAAUUGCUAACGAGAGAAGUCCAGCCUUGAGGGAGAAAGCUGCAGUGCAAGAAAGGCAGCGGAGGGCAGACCUGAAAGAGGCACGAACGCAGAUGGAGGUUCUAGUGGUGGAGAAGGAGAGGGCUUAG